CACUAUUGCAAGCAAUGUCUGGCACAAUCUUUGAUGAGUUUGCAGUUCUUGUUGUUGUUGUUGGUGGUGGUGAUGAUGAUGGUGGUGGUGGUGGUGGUGGCGGUGCUUCAACAGCCUCCUUUUUGCAUUUAGUGGCAGUAUGGAUUAAACUGUCGAUGAAUCUCUAUGUGGAAGGGCAACUGGUGAUGUGGGAACAGCGAAACAACUCUGAAGCGGCCAUCAGCGCUGCUGCUUGCAGUCAACUGACAGCCGCCAUUUUACGGGGUCCCAAUCCCAUCAUCGCAACUGCCUUUGUCGACUGUGACCUAUUGGACCUCGAGAAGAUUCGUGUGGACAAUGAAGAGGGAAUUAGAGUUACUCUGCUGCUCAAAUUCGAUCCCGGUAACAAUCCAAAGGCCUUUCAAGAAGCGGAGGUGAGACGACACAUCGAAUCGUCGCCAUUCAACAUUGACUUCGACGCCGAUGAGACCAUCUCUAUUAACAACUUUGAUGUCUGUAAAGAGAAUAAACACGAUUGUUCACCGUCGGCAAAUUGCAACUGGGACGGAGUUACUUACACCUGUGAAUGCAACCGAUUCUUCACCGACGGUGUUGUAAUGGGAAAACUUUUGCCUGGUCGAGAAUGUUACCGUGAGUUUCCAUCUCGCCUUCUCAUUGAAUCAAGCACUUUACAGUGA